AUGAAGAUCAAGCGACUCUUUAUAUACCCGGUCAAAUCGCUUCGCCCGGUCGAAGUCAACGCCGCAGAGAUAACAAACGAAGGGCUACGUUUCGACCGCCAGUAUGUCCUCGUCAAGUUACCGACAGCCGAGACUCAAGGGCUGGCCGAACACAUCACCAUCAAGAACCAUUUCGAACUUGGACUAUUCCAUACGAUGAUCGAUAAGGGAUGGUCGAAGUUGACGAUAACGCAUGUGCAUUCCGAGGAGAACAGCGCCAUCACUCUACCUCUCAGCCCUUCACCGAUGAGCCUCGUCAACAACGACGUCUUCCAAGUCAGCAUUUUCGGCACUAUGGCAGAUGGCAUCGACAUGGGACCCGAGUCCGCGAAAUUCUUCUCUUUUCACUUGAAGAAAGAAGUCCGCCUACUUUACAUCGGCGGAACCGGCCAGCGAGAGAUCCCUGGAGCCAUGUUCAUGCCCAAGCAGAAGUAUCGAGCUUUGUCUAUGCGAGUGAAUGAUAAGUUACAGCCCCAGCGCAUUCGAUUUGCGGAUGCUGCACCAUUGCUGGUGACUUCGAGUGCGUCAGAGGAAGAUGCACGCCGACGACUGCCACCAUCUGCCCGCGGGGAAGACGUCAUCGUGAGAUUCAGGCCGAACAUCCAUGUCGACGUUGGAGAUGAACAGGAGCCUUAUGAGGAGGAUAGCUGGACCAUGCUCACAGUUCGGUCAAAGUCUGACCCAACUCAAGAGGUCUCGAUUCGAUGUCUCUUCAGGACCGUGCGAUGUCUAAGCCUGAACGCCGACCUUGCGAAAGGCACCAUGAUCAAUACCAACCGACAGCUUUACGGGCUUCUCGCCAAAGACCGAAGAGUGAAUGAGCUGUUCCCUCAUAAACCCGUCUUCGGCCAAUACGCGUGCGCUGGACCGGCUGGAGCGGUCUUGCGUGUUGGUGACGAAGUCGAAGUCACAGAACGUAUCACUCGACCUGGGACACCGAGCGAGAGUUCCAUGUCUCCAGCUAUAACUCCCAUCGUCACGGAAGACAUACGAAGUUCGGCAGGACCUAUGACAGCGUGA